AUUUUCUUUUCAUCGGUUCCCACGAGAUAACUGAAGAGUGCGGUCACGUUAGUACAACGCUGACAGAAGAAGGAUCAGCAAACUGCCAUGGAGGAAGACCCCGAAAGGGGCAGAAGUAACUACUUCGCCAUACUAGGCGAGCCACCAAAAACAAAACUCAGCAAAGCGCUCGAAUCAAUCACAACCGAAAAGCCCCUAGAAAUAUCAUUUACGAGAGAUGGAGACCUACUUUUACUUAUAAAAACUCAACAGCAAGCGAACAAAUUCCUUAAAGCAACACAAUUGUCAAAUAUUUGCAACAUUUCUGUCUCUCUCCACCCUACGCUUAAUAUAUCCAAAGGUGUAGUUUAUUCUGGAGUUCUAAAGCAUCUAAGUGAAGAAGAAAUCGUAGAAGGUCUAAAAGAACAAGGUGCAGUGGAAUGUAAAAAAAUAAGAAAAUAUAUAGAAGGAAAACACACUGACACUCCGCUUCACAUCGUCUCCUUCAACACUUUUACUCCUCCAAAAGAAGUGAACAUAGGAUGGCUGAAAGUAAAAGUUGAACCAUAUAUUCCAUCGCCCAUGCAAUGCAAAAACUGUUUUUUAAUCGGCCAUACAGCUAAACAUUGCACCUCUGAAGCAAAAUGCAAUGUAUGUUCAUCUUCCAUCCACGACUUGACACCUUGUUCGAGAGUGCAAUGUAUCAACUGCAAACAAAAUCAUCGCUCAAACAACAAACAAUGCCCACGUACAGAAAAAGACAAGAUAUUUUGAAACACAAAACAAUCAAUAAAUGCUCAUUUAGGGAAGCUAUAGAAACAAUCAACAAAAAUAAUACUGACUACAGCAAAAAUGUACCAGAAGAACGCAUCGAAGAAGCAACUUAAAAAAGAAUUAAAAAAACACAAACAAAUUUAAACGACAACAAUAACGUUCAUAAAAAAAAUACAAUUACUUUACACAGCGCAAACCACGAACCAAGCCGAAAAGGAAACAUGUAUCAAACUUCAAUCAAUUCUACAAUACCACCAACCGAAUUACAUUUACAACCGAAUUUUCGACAACAUUUCGAGCAACGUAUUAGCCAUCCCAACAACCCUACAAAUGCACUAAUUACAACAAACACCCACAUCCCACUCACAAACUUAGAGUUCACAAACUUAGAGUCCUCUACCGAAACAUUAGAAUACAACACCGAAACACAUCAAUAUUAACAUAGCUUCCUCUCACCUUUAAAUCUUCUCGCUAUACGUCAAGAGGAAAACAAAUUAAUAAGAUAUUCCCAAUAUGGUACUUAAAAUUGUCCAGUGGAACAUUAAUGGAUACCACAACAAUAAUAACGAACUACGCUUACUUAUAAAAGAAAAUAACUAUAAAAUCAUAGCUUUACAAGAAACUCAUCUUAAGGAAAGCCCUCCCACAAGAUAUGUGCCAAAAAACUUUUCAAUAUACGGAUAUAAUGACAUAUCAACAGAAGAAAAUGCAAAGCGAGGAGUCGCUUUCCUUGUAGCAGACAACAUAGAAUUUACUCCCCUUGAGCUACAUACUAGUUUACUCGCAAUAGCAAUCAAAGUUAAGUCUCAGAUAAAUUUCACCUUUUUAAAUAUUUAUUCAUCACCUGAUGAUCAAUUUGCUGAGCACGACUUGCACGAACUCAUUUCAUACGUGAAUGGGCCACUACUAAUAGUGGGUGAUCUGAAUGCUUGGAGCCCAAUAUGGGGAUCUCCACGAUUCAACAGUAAGGGUAAAAUUGGCACUAAAUUUAUUGAAAAUACAAACCUUUUAAUUUUAAACGACAAAAGUCCAAUACCAAAAUACAAAAGAGCGAAUGCUAUAUUUAAGCGUGAAGUAAAAACCUCAAAAAGAGAUGCUUUUGCGACCUUCACUAAGGAUAUAAAUUGCAACACUCCAUCAAAAGUUCUAUGGAAUAAAGUAAAUGUACUACAUGGAAACCGCCCCCAUAACCUCAUUCACUCAAUUGAAAAGGAAAACAAUUCAUCAACUUCCGAUCCUCUUGAAAUAGGCAACACGUUAGCAAGAGCAUGGUCAAAUUACUCAAAAAACUUUAAUUUUUCGGAACAGUUCGUAGAACAUAAAAACCGUUUUAUAAAUGUUAUAAAUGUAGUAUAUCCACUAAGUAAAACGUCCAGCGCAAUGGAGGGAAACUUUUCAAUACAAGAACUCGAUGGAUGUCUAGCUUCGCUAAAAGGAAAGAGUCCCGGCCAAGAUAACAUCCCUUAUGAAUUGCUGAAACAUCUACCUUUUGUUGGCAAAAGCAAACUCUGUGAGCUGUAUAACCACAUCUUUAACACACAUACCAUACCGCAACAAUGGUACCUAUACCGAAACCUAAUAAGCCGAAAAGUAUUACCGAAGGAUAUAGACCCAUAUCCCUCAUCUCUUGCCUAUCAAAAGUAAUGGAAAAGAUGAUAUCUAGGAGGCUUAUGUGGUACCUUCACACAAACAAGCUACUCUCGAGCAACCAAACCGCUUUCAUACCUGGAAGCAACACUACCAACUCAUUACUUCGCCUAGAUGAACAUAUCGCAGAUAAUAUUUCCAGCAGGAACCACAUUUCACUCAUUUCCCUAGACAUGGAAAAAGCAUUCGAUAGAGUCGGUUUGCCUCCGUAUUAGACCAAAUUUUGGCCUGGAAGU